AUGCCUUCAGAAAUCCUACUGAAGAUAUUUUCUUACCUGGAUGCCGUGAACCUGCUGUGCAUUGGAUGUGUGAGCAGGCGCUUUUACCACCUGGCCAGUGACAACUUUCUCUGGGUCAGAAUCUACUCGGCCGCUUUUCCACCUAAGCGCUCUGGCUGGAAGGCUAAUCCCAUGGAGAAGACGGUGGUGUGCGUGGCCCUCCUGUCCCUGGAGGACAGGGAAGCCGGAUACUGGAAGAAGGAGUAUAUUGCGAAGCAGGUGGCCUCCAUGAGAGGGGCCGUGGCCCAGCUUGUGAAGCCUGUGAACCCGUACACGGGGCUCCCCGCCAAAGUCAAGGAGGUACUCAGGGUUUCUGGUUUAGGCUGGGUGCUUACCCUGAGAGACAAGAGUGGAAAGGAGUCCAUCAUAGAGCAGGCUGACCUGUCUGUAAACGACACGUCCGUUACUGUUGUGUGGCACGGCACAAACUGGCCGCCCCUGGCCACACUCUCCACCAUAGAUUUGUACGGGGUGAUGCCAGUUUUUAUGGACCGGUACAGAUCCCCCACCAGAAAUGGACUCCGAUGGCGCUCUUUAAUUGCCCAGUAUAGUCUCAGCGGCCUGGCAGAGACCACCCCUGUGGGCUGUGACAAGCUUGUCCGGGUCUUCUGCCUGAAUCCUGGCCUCGUGGUGGGGCUCUGGAAGAGGGAGGAAGAGUUGGCUUUUGUGAUGGCGAAUCUUCACCUCCAUCAGCUCAUGGAGAGGAGUACACGGGGCUCAGUCACCACCCCCUAUGAGCUGCCCCCUCACAGCCCCUUCCUGGAUGAUGUCCCGGAGUACGGCUUGCAGGGUUACCAGCUCCACGUGGACUUGCACAACGGACGAGCCUCCUACCUGUGCAGCACGUUUCGAAAUCUCUUUUCCAACAAAGGAGACAUUGAAAAUGGCUAUGUGAAGCUCAUUGUGAUAAACUUUGAAAACAACACCGAGCACGUACCUCUUAUUGGAAAAGUUGGCCUCUCUUGGAGAACUAACGUUUUUGAGGGCUGUAUCAAGAGCUGCUCUAUCAUGGACGUGACUCUGCUGGAUGACUCCGGGAAGCCCUUCUGGUGUCUCAGUUCCCCCGUGUGUAUGAGCCGCUCCACCAGUCCUUGUGGCACCUGCCUCUUCCUGGGGCAGAGAUACUGCAUCGACUACGUGGACGCAGAAGGCAGAGUGCACAUGGACUUGGUGUGGAUUGAAAAGACCGAGGAGUACUUCAUUGUCAGUCUGGUCCUCUACCUCAGCAUAGCCAAAAUCAACCACUGGUUUGGUACAAAGUACUAA